CAUCUUAGUCAGCAAAACUCUGACAGAAAGACGAAAGUAUCUUUAUCCCAAUUGAGAAGAAUGCAACGUGGCAACCAAGAGAACCAUUUGCAUUAGCAUGAAUCAUCCAAUAAGAGAUCACCUUAUCCUAUUCGCUAUCUUACUCAACCCACCAUAGCCACCAAAUAAUUGUACUCUCUCCACUCUUCAUUCUCCACCAACACAAAAACACUUGCAAACUAGUUUUGUUUUUGGAACAUAUCGCAUUACAUUACAUUAGAUUGGUGGCAAAGCAAUGGCAUCGUCACUACAAGCAGCAGCUACUUUCAUGCAACCCACCAAGUUUUUGCAGCUAAAGUCUACUCAGGCCAUAUCUAAGGCUUUUGGUUUGGAACCUGCUGGAGUUAAUAAGGUCACAUGCUCCCUUCAGGCUGAUCUUAAGGACUUGGCUCACAAGUGUGUUGAUGCUACCAAAAUUGCAGGCUUUGCCCUUGCCACCUCUGCUCUCGUUGUUUCUGGGGCAAGUGCUGAAGGAGUACCAAAGCGGCUAACCUUUGACGAAAUCCAGAGCAAGACCUACUUGGAAGUGAAGGGGACAGGAACAGCAAACCAGUGUCCAACAAUUGAUGGUGGAUUGGAGUCAUUUGCCUUCAAGCAAGGGAAAUACAAUGCCAAGAAGUUCUGCCUUGAGCCAACUUCAUUCACAGUGAAGGCAGAGGGUGUGGCCAAGAACGCUCCCCCUGAGUUCCAAAACACAAAGCUCAUGACACGUUUGACCUACACUCUUGAUGAGAUUGAGGGACCCUUUGAGGUGUCUUCUGAUGGCACUGUGAAGUUUGAGGAGAAAGAUGGAAUUGACUAUGCGGCCGUCACAGUCCAGCUACCGGGAGGCGAACGUGUUCCGUUCCUCUUCACCAUCAAGCAGUUGGUGGCAUCAGGGAAGCCAGACAGCUUUAGUGGAGAGUUUCUGGUCCCAUCAUACCGUGGAAGCUCUUUCUUGGACCCCAAGGGAAGAGGUGCCUCUACAGGUUAUGACAAUGCAGUUGCUUUGCCUGCUGGUGGAAGAGGAGAUGAGGAGGAACUUGCCAAGGAAAACAACAAGAGUGCCUCAUCAUCCAAGGGGAAAAUCACCUUCAGUGUCACCAAGACCAAGCCUGAGACCGGCGAGGUUAUCGGUGUGUUCCAGAGUCUUCAGCCGUCCGACACUGAUUUGGGAGCAAAGGCUCCAAAGGAUGUCAAGAUCCAGGGUAUCUGGUAUGCUCAGCUUGAGUCAUAGAGUGUUUUUUUUUGUUUUUUUUUUUUUCAUGCCUUUGUUUUCUUGUAACUCCAUGCUGUUGCUGCAUUAUCAUCCCUUGACCCAACUUUCCUAGCACAAUGAGAGUACUGUCAUAUGGUUGUACAUUAACGACCUCCAAUUACAAUGCUUAAAAUUUCAAGGUUUAAAUUGAUGGUGUGUGUGAGUUUUGGAGCUCAAGUUUUUACUAGUUGGAAUUGCAUUGUGUUAUGUGUUUUAUUACACCUAAUAUGCAAGUAACUAGGGAAACACUGUAUUUGAAAUGGAUUGCAAUUGAUCCUUGGAGAGAACUCAGCUUUGUCAUCCUA